GCCUACCAGCUAAUAAAUGUAUUUUAUAUAGAAAAUAAAUAAAUUUGCAACCCAAAACCUGCUAUAAAAUCCCUUCUCGCCACCUUUCCAAUUACACUAGACCUCAUUCAUAUAACAUUCAAACAUACAAACAUUUUCAAAACAAAUACAAAUCAAUGGCUGGUUGGGCUAUAGCCGUACACGGUGGCGCCGGGGUUGACCCUAAUCUUCCGGCGGAGCGCCAAGAACAGGCGAAACAACUUCUCACUCGUGUCCUUAAUCUCGGAAUCGAUGCUCUACGUUCUUCUGGCUCUGCCAUUGAUGUCGUUGAGCUCGUUGUUCGUGAAUUGGAAUCGGACCCUUUCUUCAAUUCGGGCCGUGGAUCUGCGCUGACGGAAAAUGGAACAGUCGAAAUGGAAGCGAGUAUCAUGGAUGGUGUGGGCAGGCGAUGUGGUGCGGUUUCAGGACUAACCACUGUGAAAAAUCCGGUCUCGUUGGCUCGUCUAGUGAUGGACAAGUCACCGCAUUCCUAUCUCGCAUUUUCUGGUGCCGAGAAGUUCGCCAAACAAAUGGGUGUGGAGAUGGUGGAUAAUGACUACUUCAUCACUCAAGAUAAUGUUGAAAUGCUGAAACUAGCAAAGGAAGCUGAUUCCAUUGUGUUUGAUUACAGGAUCCCAACCGUCGGAUACGAAACAUGUGGGACCGGGGUAGAAAGCCCAUUUCAAAUGAACGGGCUUCCGAUCAGCAUCUACGCACCCGAGACCGUCGGGUGCGUUGUAGUCGAUAGCCAAGGCCGGUGCGCAGCUGCAACAUCAACUGGAGGGCUUCUUAAUAAACGUAUGGGGCGGAUAGGUGACUCGCCACUUAUAGGCGCAGGGACUUAUGCAUGUGACAUAUGUGCGGUUUCGUGCACUGGAGAAGGUGAGGCCAUAAUUAGGGGUACGCUUGCGCGUGAAGUGGGCGCGGUUAUGGAGUAUAAAGGGCUCGGGUUGCAGGAUGCGGUGGAUUUUGUGAUCAAAGAACGGUUAGAUGAUGGGAAAGCCGGGUUGAUUGCGGUGUCGAAAACGGGUGAAGUUAGUUAUGGGUUUAAUUGUGUAGGGAUGUUUAGGGGGUGUGCGACCCAAAAUGGGUUCAUGGAAGUUGGUAUUUGGGAUUGAUUUAGUUGACAUAAGACACAUUGUGGGUCUGUUUGUUUUAAGAAUUUUUAUUGUAUUUUAUGAAAUAUCAAUAAUUUUUAAUUUUAUUAAUGUGUUUUGUA